AUGUGCACGUGCCGCCCGUGACGCUUUGCUGGCAGCCGGUGCAGACGUCACGCGGCGCACGCUCUUGGAACGCUCGAAGCCCGUCGGUUGGCCUCAGGUCCCUCUCGUUCCGACAGGCCGCGACUGUUCGAGGUUCGCCCGUCCAGGACAGGCCGUUGCUUCGAAGUGGUCCUACUGGGCAGCGCGCCAUGCGGCCCGUCUGCGCUCUCCUGCUAGCCAUGGCGGUCGCCACAGGCAGCGCAAGACGCUCCCUCCUUGAAGAAAAGCGGGUGGACGCACUUGGGGUCGACGACAAGGCAAGACCAGGAAGCGACGGAAGUGAUCACUCAGAAAAGCCAGGCGCCAAUGACUGCGACAAAAACAAGUUUCGCGAAGGCAUCACAAACUGCGAAAAUGGACUGAAGCCUCUAGAAAAAUAUCUUUCGGAAAAGAAGAACGAUGACUCCUGCAAGCUGCUGAAGAUCUACCUAUCCUGCAUUGAAGACUUCCAACUCUUCCUGUCUUGCGAAAACGACCCGGCCUCACAGAAGGAGAUGGCUAAAGCAACCAGUAUUAUCGUCAAAAACCGGCUGAAUUGUACAGAAUUGGCGUUUCUGACGGCAAACAUAACGUCCAAGCUUCCGCCACAGAAUGCAGCAGCUGUCAACAAAAGCACUUCGGCCGCAACUAAAGCCCCCUUGGUGACCAAGAAGUGCAGCGAGCGAAAAUUGAUGCGCCGCAUGGUCGAUUGUCUGAAGACUAUGAAAGGUAACUUGGAGCCUUUGCUGGACAACAAGAAAACCAACCAGAAACUCAUUUGCGCGCAAACCGAAAACUUCAAGUCGUGCGUUAAUAUCGCUCUCGCCCACACGGACUGCAACUCCGACGAAGAGGUGCUGGACCAGACGACGCACUUCAUCGUCCAUGUACUCUACGAGCACCGCUGGGCUUGCAAAAACAUUCAGACGAGCGACAAGAAGUGCGAAGAGCGUUCGUUGGUGCUCAAAUUGAACCAGUGCGUCCGCCUGCUCAACAAAACUGUUGAACCUAUCCUAGAAGAUAAGGAAAACAACAAGCUGAACAUAUGCAGGGCGAGCGACACGUUCCUGCUCUGCGUUAACGAGGCGGUCUCUGAAACAGCUUGCCGCGAGGACUCUGAAGUCAUGUUUCACGUGUCCCACUUCGCGGACAAAAUUCUGCGCCACCACAAGUGGUCCUGCGACCAAGCCGGAGCUUCUUCCAACCGACCCAGGCUGGAAAAUCUUCGUCAAAAAAUGGAUGCCAGCGGAUCUGGAAACUUUACAGCCGUCCGAUCGUUGAACGGAGGUGGGCCUGCAGCACUGGUACCAGCUGACAACAAGUGCAACUUUGAAAUUGUCCGGACGGCCGUGGACACGUGCCAACAGUCUGCGUACGACCAGAUCAAAAAGAAGGGCAUCUCUCAGCCGAAACAUCUUUGCAUGGAACUGCGUAUCUUCAAGGAUUGUUCCAUAGAAGCGACGAAGAAGAACGGGUGCGCCAGUGACAAGAAUGCCGAGACGUACGUGUACGACCGCGUCAAGGAUUCCUUCUACAAGUACCUCACCGACUGCCGCCCACUGUGGUCCGCUGCUGCGCCUGUGUCCACCAGCUUCUGGGCACUCUCCGUCGCCGUACUCUUGGUGCUCGCGCAGCAGCGCCACUGAGCUUACCGCGCCCGAGAGGAGCAUCGCGUCCGCGCUGCGAAGUGUCCUCAACUUCGACAAAAUGCAGCUGCUUGAAACGUGCUUUGCUAAAGCAAUAAAGCUCUGGAAUAAAUCGGGAGUGUAAAAGCUUGUGUGUCGAAAG